ACCACACCCUUUGGGUGUUCUGUGGUGAGGGUGUGUGAAAAUCUACCCAGUUCAAGAAUGACCUACCUCUACAUCUUCGUGUUAAAAGCUUAAGCUAAGUUUGACACUUUCCAUAUGAUUCAGUGAAGAAUAGAAUCAAUUUGGGGAAAAAUCAGUCUUCCUACUACAGUUUGGGUAAACAGUACAUAUAAAGUUUGAAACAAGCAUCUUGCCUGCUCGGUUAGCCUGUAGAGUCUGCCUCUUUGUGUCUAACGCUGUUCAGACCUGGCAUUAACAUCGGUGUUCCGAUCACCAGAGGACAGCCAAGACAGGUAGCCGUUCACACCUGCUGUUUUCAUGUGUCUCGACUGCGUCUCACUGACCACUUGUGAUCGCUUUUCGUCAGACACAGGGUUGCCAAAUAUGCCAAAAGCAACCCGAUGUCGCCUACAAACCCAAAUAAGCUACUAGCUAAUACCAAGCGGAAACUCAAAAGACUUGUUUAUAUUUAGCAGUCGGAUGUUUUUUCCUAAUUAAACUGUUACUAUUGUCAGACCUAUUGUUGUUAUAGAAAAUUAAUCAACCGGACAAUAAAAUCCACCCGUUACUUGUAUCAGCAGGCUGAAGAGUACAAAGGUAGUUGGGUUGAGCGUGAAAACAGCGAACUUGGCAACACUGGUGAUUAGGCGGCUGUAGGAGUCGCAUCGAGACGCGUUAGCGUUCACACUAUGUAGUAUGGCCACAGGCGUCCCAGAUUACUUCUACACGGGUAUUUUGCGCCGUCCGCUUGUGAUCCGAUUACCGGAGACAGAUGUUAAUAGCCUACCUUAUCUGGAAAAAGCGGUCCAAUUAAUUUUAUUUUUGUCACGCGAUUAUCUCUUGACCAUGAGAACUGGGAUUCGCCUUCAGUUGGCACAUCUUAUUGUGCUCUCUUCCAGGGCUCUAAUUUCGGACACCAGGAACCACGAGAUUUUUUGUUUUCGCACGAAGUCCGAACUUGGACGCACUCAGUGUAGUUUUCUUCGAAGACCAUCUGCGGUAGCAUCUGUUCUUCUUUACUGGACCAUUUGGACAGCAGAGCAUCGUGUUGAAGAGUGUUCUAUAAGCGCUGAGCCAGCUUUGAUUCAAAACUAUAUGUCAGUAUGUCAUGAACGAGGCAUCUGGGAUCUACAUAAAACAUCAUCUCUGCGCCUCAAUAUAACUCUGCUUUUGGAGCCUGACAGUCCAUGUGACUUUCGACCAAUUGCCCAUGGCAACUUCAGGUGGCAUAAGUACUUAGACACAGGCUAUCAGGUGGGUUCUGAGACCAGAAUACGCCAGAAGCGCGCUUGGAUCUUACCCGGGACCCUGUGGUGCGGCCGCGGAAGCCGCGCUGGUGACUACGAGCAGCUGGGUAUGUUUGAGCGUGUCGACAGAUGCUGCCGAGAGCAUGAUCACUGCGACAGCAUCAUUCGCCCCUUCACUGUGAACUUCGGCGUGUUUAACCCAACUCUCUUCACCAUUUCACACUGCGACUGUGACUACAGGUUUAAGCAGUGCCUUCUAGACAUUAAUGACACAGUCUCAAAUAUGGUGGGCUAUACAUUCUUCAAUAUCCUUAAACUCCACUGCUUUGAGCUUAUCCAGAAGAGAAGGUGCACCAAGAUCAACUGGAUUGGAAUGUGCACAUCAGAUAAGGUUGCCCCUUAUGCAAUCCUCAAACAUCCAACAAUAUAUAAUGCCACGACUUCAAACGCUGGUAUUCCUGAGCCACCAGUUUGUCAGGGAAAACCUUCAGCUACCACCAAACAAAAAAAGAUCAAACUUAAACAAAGAAAGCAAUCAACAUCUCAAAAGAGCUAUGUUCCAGGAGCUUCUGCAGCAGGGCAUACAUUUCUCUUGAGUGAAAUUAUUGGGCAGCCUUAUAGUAAACCAAAGACAAUUUCACCAACGUCUACCACAGGACAGCCAAAUUGCCUGAUGAACUUUAACACAACAUUGUUCCAUCAGAAAUCUAAACUUAUAAAUCAAAGAACUCCAUUCUCAACAGCAGCAAGUACUGUUCAUGUGCACACAACAACAUCUAUAGCACCUACAAAACAAAUGGCUACUCCAUCAAAGAAAAUUACACCAAACAAAAGCAAAAACAUUACUCAAUGGCCCAUUACCACAGUACAAACCAAGCUCAUCAAAAGAUAUAAACCUCUAACAUCCAAGCUGAAUGUUGGCCCACAUGGAGGUGAUCAUUUCCAGCCAAAACAACAAAGGGGAAAGGAUGGCAAGCAGGACAGUGCAUCUUUACAUGGCACUGUAUCUCCAAACUUCAUAACAUUAUCUCUGGCUAGCAAACUUCCAAGGACUAACAAAUUCUUUGAAAGCAUGUCACAAACAAAAAAGGAGACAAAUUUUCCAAGUAGAAAAAAGGCAUCCAAUGCAGUAUCAAGCAGAAGUCACCAACUGAACACAAGCAAAUUAGAAAUGAAACAAAAAACAGCUGAAGUCAGCAAACUACCUAAGAUUUCGAAUAACACCAACUCUGCAACUUAUAAAUCAACAGCAAUAUGUGAUGUAACCAGCCAUUUGGAUGACUGCAAAUAUAGGAUCCAUCCCAUGGAGAAGUUAUAUGGACAUCAUAACACAGAGACAACUACAAUCUACCAUUGCGAUUGCAUACACAGGUUGACUGAACAUUUAAAGCAACUGGAGAGCAUUGCUUUACUGGAGAAACUUCUAUGGAAAUUUGUGUCCAUGUCCUGCAUUGAAAUACCAAAUACCAAGGAAUGCAGCAAUGAUACAAGGUGUUCUACCAUCCUAUACACGGCAACAGAAUUAGAAUCUUCACUGAUCAAACUGGAAGGUCAGGUUACAGUAAAAAAUAGAAAAAUACCUACAAAUAAAAGAGGCUCCAAUCAACUUUACAAACGUUGUCUUAGGAUUUUACGUCCUAGAAGCCCAAAACAUGUAAAGCAUGGUGCUUAACUAGUGCCAACUGGAAACGACUGAGUGGAAAUAUUUAAAAUCAGUAUUCUUAUGUGUAAAUUUCUUUUUAAUUUCAUAUUAUACUCAUCAGAGGAACCCAGGCUAUUAAGCCUGGGUUCCUCUGAUGAAUAUAAAUACAAAUGGAAUAUUGUGUGAAAAGAUGGAUCUCAAAAUCAUACAGUCAUUGUUGGAAAGGGUUCAAAUACACAAAAAUGCUGGAAAACCAAAGAAUUUGUGGGACCUGAAGGAUUUUUCUGAAGAACAGCAGGCAGUUUAACUGUUCAGGACAAACAAGGGACUCUUGAACAACUAUCAGUAAACAAAAAAACACAGCUGUGGAUCAUUCAGGUAACAACACAGUAUUAAGAAUCAAGGGGAUGUAAACUUUUGAAUGGGGUCAUUUUUAUAAAUUCAACUAUUAUUUUCUCUUGUGGACUAUAUGUAAAAAUCUUUUAUGUGAAAUAUCUUAUUCAGCUGAGCACUAAAUAAACAAUAACAUGCAUUUUG